AUGCCGAGUGAUAGUGAUUCUUCUAAUAUACAAGCGUCCAGUGAAAAGCCGGCUCAUCUAUUUGUUCUAAUUCAUGGGCUAUGGGGAACUCCGGAUCAUUUAUCCACCAUUGAACGAUUAUUAAAUGAAGCAUUACCGGAAUGUAGCCAAGAACAAAUUGUCACUAUGAAACCUAGAUCGUUUAGAUUUUGGAAAAGUUAUGAUGGUAUAGAAUUGAAUAGUAAAAAAGUUACACAAGAAUUGUUUUAUGAAAUUGAAUCAUUAAAGGAAAAGAAUAACUUAAAAGUUACUAAAAUUAGUUUUGUUGGAUAUUCAUUAGGAGGAUUAAUUGCAAGAUAUGUGAUUGGAUUAUUAGAAGAAUUGGAUUUCUUCGAUAAUAUCGAACCAGUAUUCUUCACUACAUUCGCUUCACCUCAUGUUGGAAUUAAACUCUUUGGCAAGAAUGCUUUUGAAUAUAUUGCUAAUAAAUCUGGUCCUUAUUUAUUUGGACAAUCAGGAGCCGAGUUAUUUAUUGCUGAUAAUGCAAAAAUAUUAGUUCAGUUGGCACAACCCAAUUCCAAAUAUUAUCGAGGUUUGUUGAAAUUUCAAAAAUUAAUGUUAUUAGCGAGUAUCAAGAACGAUAGAACAGUUGCAUUCUUCACGUCUUAUAUAUGUGAAUAUUCUCCAUUUGGUGAUGAUUGGAAUAAAAUCAAAGUGAAAUAUUUGAAAGAUUUACCUGAAGCAUUAGUAGCCAGUAAAGUAGUCAAACCGAAAUUUGUUGAUCUUACAAGAACUAGAUAUCUAUCCGAUGAAGACAUGCGCAAUUUCCGAGGAAACAUACAAGAAGAACCAGCAUUUAUAAGAAGAAACAUCUUUACUAGAGCCUUAUUUAUAUUCAUCACAAUAUUUGUGUUCUUACCUUUUUGGACUCCAUUUUCCUUAAUUGCAUGUUCAUUAAUGACAUUGUAUAGUAGCAUAAAGAUUAAAAUUGUGCAUCAUCCUGAUUUGCUGGCGCAUUGGAUGAAACUUACUGAUUCUGUAUAUGGAACACAACCAGUUGAUCCAGAAGAUGCUAAAAAAGGUGAACAAGAGAGAUGUGAACGUCAAAAUUUGGCAAAGCAUCAUCAUUCAGUUAAUGAAGAAACGUCAGAUCUUACUUAUAACAUGGUAGAGAGAAUGUUAUAUACCGAAGAUAGAGUUCUUGGAAAAAGUUUAAAACCUGGAUUGGAUGAUACUGAUGAUUCAUCUUCUGCAUUGAACGGGAAACCCAAAGUCCACAGAAUUUCCCAUGAAAAUCAUACAAACGAGCCAACUUCCGCUACUGUAACUUCCACUAAUGGCUCACUGAUUGAUAAUAAAGUUGUUGCAGGUAAGCUAUUCCCCAAUGUCUCAAUAAAAAUAAACUAUGAUCAAUACGACGAAAUCGCCAGGAAAUAUACUCCUUUCCUCAAAUCAAAGGAUUAUGAAUCAUUCCCAACCUUUACAGAAAAGACCAGAUUACCGGUUGGUGAAGACAGAAAAUUCAUAAUUGAUUCAUUAAAUGAAUUAGAUUGGAUUAAGAUUCCUGUCUAUUUAGAUGUGUUGAAUGCUCACGAUGCAAUUGUGAGUCGUAGGGGACCAAAAACCCAUUCGAAAGGUACAGCAAAUGUCGGACUUUGGGUUUCUAUAUUAAGAAACCAUUUCGUGGAUGAACAAGGUCACAAUGAGAGAAUUAAAGCACUCACUCGAUCAUUUACUACCAAUAUCAAACACACCAGUCCUUCAAUUAUACGAUCCCCAACCAGCAUAUCUCGUAAACUCAUAGGUGCCGGUCUAGGUAUUUCAAUAUCCACUUUCAUAAUAUACAAACAACGUCAACAAGAAGAUCAAAUCUUACGAAACGAUUAUGAAAGUUUCGACACGCCAAUCCAUGAACUCUUCCCGGAAAAGGGAGUAGAAACAUAUGAAAUGGGUUUAUUUCGUGCUUCACAAACCGAAGAAUCUCAACAAUAUGAAAAACACCGACUGGAAAAAUUGGCCCAUGCAAAUCCAAUCAUUCGAGUCUUUUAUUAUCUACGGUUUAAAUUUGAAGAUUUGAUAAUGGAUCCAUGUAUUACAUUUGCGAGAUUUAUUGAACUUUCAUUCAUUUUCAUUCCUGUUCUUGUAUCAUCUCCCAUAUGCUGGUUUGGCAAGAAAAGAAAACAAUCUGAUGGGACUAUUGUCAGGGAUGGGGCUAGAUUGUGGUAUAGAUAUUUACGAUGGACUGCGGAAAUUGCAGGAGCAUCGUUUAUAAAAUUAGCACAAUGGGCUGCAUCUAGAACUGAUAUUUUCCCGAGGGAGAUGUGUGAAGAAUUGGGUCAUUUACAUUCAAACGUGAAGCCUCAUGCUUUAUGGAAGACGAAACGAAUUAUAAGUAAUAGUUUUGGUGGGUUGGCAUUUGAGGAGAUUUUUGAUGAAUUUAAAGAAGUUCCAUUGGGUGUGGGUGCAAUUGCACAAGUAUAUGUUGGGAAAUUGAGUCAAAAAGUGUUGGAAAGAGGGAUUAUUGAGGAAGAACAAUUGGAAAGGAGAUUAUUUAAACAUAUUGAAGAAGAAGAUAAUAUUAAACGAAAACAAUUCUUUGAAAAUAUUUUAGUGACUGAACAACAAGAUCCAUUAUCUUCUGAUCAAUAUGUUGCUAUUAAGGUUCUCCAUCCUAGGGUUGAAGUUAAGAUUAAUCGAGAUUUAAAAAUUAUGAAAUUUUUUGCGAAUGUAAUUAAUAUUAUUCCGACAAUGGAAUGGUUAUCGUUACCAGAUGAGGUUGAACAAUUUUCGAUUUUAAUGAAGUUACAAUUAGAUUUAAGAAUUGAAGGAUUGAAUUUAUUUCGAUUUAGAGAGAAUUUUAAAAGUAGAUUAGAUAUUGAAUUUCCAAAACCAUAUCUUAAUUUCUCAAGUCGUGAAGUUUUGGUUGAAAAGUUUAUACCUGGUAUACCUUUAAGUAAAUUAUUGUCACUUACUGAUAAUUUCGGUAAGAAUUUAUCCAAAGAAGUUAGUGAUAAAGGUUUAGAUGCAUUUUUGAAGAUGUUAAUUCUAGAUAAUUUUGUUCAUGCCGAUUUACAUCCUGGUAAUAUGAUGGUUAGAUUCUAUAAAAAUGAAUUAUUUAAACAUGAAAAGGAAUAUAAAAUUGUCAAGACUUCAAAUGAAGCUGAUACAAACAGAAUUACUCAUGAAUUAUUAAAAUUAGGUGAUGAUCAACAAGCAUGGUGUGAUCGAUUGGAAGAAUUAUAUGAAGAAGGAUAUCAUGCAGAAAUCUGUUUCUUAGAUACUGGAUUAGUAACUGAAUUAAAUCGAGUAGAUAGAGUUAAUUUCAUUGACUUAUUUAAAGCAUUAUCUGAAUUUGAUGGAUAUAGAGCUGGUGAAAUAAUGGUUGAACGUUCAAGAACUCCUGAAACUGCAAUCAAUAAAGAAAUAUUUGCAAUCAAAGUUGAAAAAUUGGUUGAUAAAAUGAAAGAACGGACAUUUACUUUAGGAAAUAUUAGCAUUGGAGAUUUAUUAGAUCAAAUAUUGGGAAUGGUUAGAAAUCAUCACGUUAGAAUAGAAGGUGAUUUUGUAACAGUUGUAGUGGCGAUUUUAUUAUUAGAAGGAAUUGGCAGACGAUUGGAUCCAGAAUUAGAUUUAUUUGCAAGGUUUGUAUAUGCAAUGUUAUUUGGAUUUCCUACUGAGAAUGAUAUUAGCAUUUCAUUACCUGUAUUAAGAAGAUUAGGUAUACUGAAGGAUGGAAGAGAGAUUUUAAAGAAUGAAAAUUCAUUGAGUAUGAUUAAAGUAUGGUUGGUCUUGGAAGUUAGACAAUUUAUUAAUGCUUCAAUUCAAGAUAUUCACGCUUUAGUUAAAGCUGAUAUGUUAAGUCCAAAUAUUUGA